GGUUGGCCCCUCUCAUUGCUCUGGUUUGUUUUGGUUACCUACACAGUUACUACUACUCUUCUUUGUCAUGUAACUUCAUACACACAUUUUAUACACAUAAAGAAAAGUGCAAGAGGAACAUUAAACACCCAGUACUGUGGCAGGAACAAAGUGAAACUUAACUGCCAGGAAUCUUUGACACUAAUUUCAGAUGGACAGCAUUGAGCAAAAUGGCCUUCCUCACUUCAGGCAGCCUUAUCUCGCUGUUGCCCUGGACGAAGCUCAGCUGGAUGUCCUCGGUCAGCGGGUAGAAAAGAAGUCCCUGUCAAUUUUGGAGAGGUUGAAGGCACUAUGUUGGUGUUCGGGUACCAGGUUGAAGAGCUUCCUGCUGGGCUUUUUCCCUGUCUUGUCAUGGCUGCCUCGCUACUCCAUCAGAGAAAACGCCAUUGGAGACCUGGUGUCUGGAGUCAGUGUUGGGAUCAUGCACUUGCCACAGGGUAUGGCCAACGCCAUGUUGGUAGGAGUUCCUCCAGUCUUUGGUCUCUACACUUCUCUCUAUCCUCUGAUCAUCUACUUCAUCUUUGGCACCUCCCGACACCUCUCCAUUGGUACUUUUGCCGUCCUGGCCAUCAUGAUUGGGUCUGUGACAGCCAACGUGGAGUUGCUUAGCGACGGUGUUGAAGAGAGUCAGAUUAAUGUGGAAGCGGCCAAAGUAAACGUGGCUGUACAAGUCACCGUCCUCUGUGGCCUCAUACAGCUCCUAGUGUACCUGCUGCGUGGAGGCGGUGUGUGUCGCUGGCUGUCUGAUCCUGUAAUCAGAGGCUACACCACAGCAGCAGGUCUGCAUGUUAUCAUCCUGCAGCUGCCGCUGUUGACUGGAAUACCUGCACAAAGACACACUGGACUGCUCGCUUCAGCUUGGACUUUAAAGGAUGUUCUGCAAGGAGUGGCCAAAGCUGUUCCAGGAGUGCUGUCAGUCUCUGCGGUUUCCAUGGUGAUACUCAUCGUAGGCAAGGUGCUGAAUGAGCGCUUUAAGAACAAGCUGCCUGUCGCCAUACCAUGGGAACUUAUAUUGAUUGUCCUGGGCACCAUCCUGUCAGUGCAGAUGGAUCUGGUUGGACAGCACACAGUCCAGGUGGUGGGACACAUACCCAGUGGCCUGUCCUCCCCAGUCCUUCCCUCCCUCUCUCAGGCCAAAGAGCUGUUCAUCCCAGCUCUAUCUGUGGCUCUGGUUGGCUUCAGUUUCCUCUCAGCCAUGGGCUCAGUGUUCGCCAACAAACACAGCUACCAGGUGGACUCCAGUCAGGACCUGCUGGCUCUGGGUUUGUGUAACACCAUAGGAGGAAUGUUCCAGUGCUUCGCUGUGAGCUGCUCCUUCUCUCGCAGUAUGGUCCAGGAUAGCAUUGGUGUCAAAUCACAGAUGGCCAGUUUGAUAUCAGCUCUCGUGAUUUUAACCAUCCUGUUGAAGAUCGGCCAUCUCUUUGAGCAGCUGCCAAAGGCAGUGUUGGCAGUCAUCAUUGUGGUGAACCUGCAAGGGAUCCUGGCUCAGUUUAAAGAUGUGUGUGUGCUCUGGAAAUCUGACAGAUUAGACCUGUUGGUGUGGGUAGCCUCACUGAUUUCCACGCUUGUCUUUAACCUGGACCUGGGUCUGGCUGUGGCUGUCGUCUUCUCUCUGCUCACACUCAUCUAUAGGACACAACACUCCUCCACUGUUGUUUUGGGUCGUAUUCCUGGUACAGACUGUUACAGAGACGUGGGACUCUACACUGAGGCAAAGCGAGUUCCUGGAGUGACUAUACUUUCCUUUUCCAGUCCUAUUUACUUUGCCAGCUCUGAAGUGGUCUUCACACAGAUCAGACAGACAGUGAGUUGUGAUCAGAAGGAAAACCCAGCUGGAGUCCACACCUCCUCCUCCUCCUCCUCCUCAGCCCAAACAUCGACACACACUCAUUGCUUGGUUCUGGAUCUCAGCUCAGUCACCUUCAUGGACUCUGUGGCCAUGCCAGCACUUUGCAAGGUUGUAGAAGACUUGGAAGUCCAGGGUGUCAGUGUGUUUCUGGCAGCGUGCCCAGAGAGAGUUUUAUCCCAGCUCCAAACCCAGGGCUGUAUACCAGACAGUCUGCCCAGCUCCUGUCUCUUCCCAUCGGUCCAUCAUGCUGUCCAGCGCUGCCUCAGUAUCCUGCCCAAGCCCCUGGAGGAAAUCAGUCCAUACACAAGUGAAUGUUGAACCGACACCAUUUCUGCUUUUGAAUGUAAAUUACAGGACAGUUAUGUCAUCUCACUGUAACGAGAGGGCAGAAAGAAGCAUCCCGGGGUGAUAGUAUAAAGGUUUUAAGAUGACAGACAGAACAAUCAAUAAACAAACUUACUCUUAUUUUGAAAGAAAGCCAUCAGCACUUUUUACAAUAUGUAUAUGUGUACACUUCUCAAACAUUUCUUAACAAUAAAUGUAAUUGUUUCCCAGUUUCCAUCAUUACUGACCUCUUUAUCAUGAAGUAUAAGACUGCCCAGCUGCCAAUAGAACGCUGUUAGCAGAGCUCUGGGCCCAGCUCGCUUUUUCUGCGAUGGGACUCGAACCUACAAUCCCCAGCUGAGGAGGCCAAUGUCAUAUUAAAGGGGCAGUUCACCCAAAAAUAAAAAACCACAAGACAAGCACCAUCUAGUUCCUUUGAAUUCAAGAGAAGGCAAACACCUCUACAGGCGACAUGUCCAACUCACACCAAAAUAAUAUAGAUUGAUAACUAGCACCAUGGGUAAGCAUGUGUUUUUGAUUUUGUGAUAAACUGGCCCUUUAAGUAUGUCAUUCAUGAUAUUAAGGAUAUUGUUUGUAAUCAAGUCUGCUUUUUUCACAUGAAUGCGUGCAUAGCCAGAUCUGAAAACCUGAAGUUGACACAGGCUGUUAAUUACCAGCUUCAUGAUACCAAUUAUCAAAGCUCACCAAUGUUCGGCUCAGUGAAGCCAGAUAACACAUGAGACAUUAUUUCAGAUCAUUAAAUCAUUGAUACAUUACGACUGACUGUGUUGGUGUAAUCCAUGUCAGUCAGAAAGCAGUUGAAGAGAAGUCUCUGUAAAACACUGUUAGCACAGGACAGUCAUGGGCCAUUGUCUGCUGGGUUACUAGCCCAACACAGCUAUAGUGUCAUGCUACUGUCCACCACCCCAGAUGGGACUCGAACCCACAAUCCCUGGCUUAGGAGGCCAGUGCCUUAUCCAUUAGGCCACUGGGGCUACAGUAACACAAAUUGUGGAGAGUCAAUAGAUGAGAAAACAUGAGCAGCCGUGGAGAGUCAAUAGACGAGAAAACAUGAGCAGCCAUGGCUCUGUAAGCAGUAAACAGGCCAGUACAAGACUAUUUCCAAAUUAAUUCAUCGUCCACUUUCGCAAUAACUAAAUCUGUGUUGGGCAAUAACUAAAUCUGUGUUGGGCAAUAAUUAAAUCUGUGUUGGGCAAUAACUGUGGAGAGAUAUGAUAACUUUGAAUCUGAAACACUUAAUGAGUUGCUCAGUCUCUGGAAUGACGGCUUCUUACAGUUACACAAUAACAUACACACACAACAAAAUAGAUCUACACUCCUUUAGCUACAUACCGAAGAUGGGAGUUGACAUUGUUUUCAUAAUUGCAUCAGUCAUCAGUGUCUAUCCUGUCAUGUAUGUGUGUUUUGGAUUAAGUGAUAAUGACAGUGUUAGUUUACUGUAAGUGGCUGAAGUAGGCAGUGACAGUGACAGAAAAUAUGUGACUGUCCUUCCUUCUGUUUGUUGUUUUUUUGAUUAGAUUAUCUUUAUUUCCAACUUUAUUUGUAAUAAA